AUGGCCGCUGAAACAAACGCCACACCAUCCUCCGACCUCAUGCCACCCAAGAUGGAAGAGUUUGCUUUGCAUUCAGAGCUCUCUAGACUCACCAAGGAAGCUAAGCAGAGAUAUGUCCUUAAUCAGAUCAAAAAGCUUGUAGAAGGCUGUGAGACUUUCAUAGCCCUUGUCCCAGGCGAAUGUGGGUUUCCAGAGAUCAUAGCUUCUACAGACUUGAGGGAGGAUAGUAUUGCAAUCUUGGGUGAUGCAGUCGAUAACUUUUCGCAUUACCUGGACGGAACAUCCCUCCGCGCCUCUCCGCGAUUUCCACAUUCAUGGAGCACCCGGCGGUGGAAAGGAAAGAAGCCCAUACGUGACCGAGUUAAUGAUUUGGCCGCCGCUUCCAUAACAUAUCCUUUCCAGCGACCUAUGAAGCGUCAUCGCGCCAGCACUAUCGACAGCAGAGAAGCAGUCGAUAACACAGGUCAGAGGGGUGAGCGCAAGCUGAGAGUUGUCAAUGAAGGCCGUGCACUUCAAAUCCGAGUAGACGAUCAUGAUCAACUUCAACGCUGGUUCAAGGAGGCAUUCGUGGCCAUGCAGCAAGUCGCAUGCCGGAUCAUUGCCAAAAUGUGGAUAAAGCGCAUUCAUCCUAGAAAGCAAUCAACCCACCCUUACAACGGUGGCGUACCCCGAAGUGAGGAACGGAACCCUGAGCGCACUCGACCGCCUUACUGGCCUACUAGUGUUCCUCACAAGGAGCCCGAUCACAUAGGCCGUGACGAUCGAACAAGUCUGUUAGUUCAUCUGCUCACUUCCACUCCACUCGAGGUUAUCACAAACCCGCCGGACCCGCACAAUGCACAAUUUGUGACGUCUGCCGAUCUCCUAGAUUGCCUCGAUUCCCGAAAGCCCGAUUUGAAGGAGGGUGUUUGGGAUAUUAUCGAGCAAGUAUGUAGAGCUCGAGAUCUGAUGGAACAGUAUGAAGCUGGUGAGAUAGACGGCGACGCAUUAGUCUUUCUCAAUAACUAUGCGCACACUGCCAGAUCGUCAUAUGCCGAGGUCGAUAGCGAGGAUCCUGAGCGAAGCUUUUUGUUGCAGGGUACGGCUCUACAGACAGAGUCAUUGGAUGGGUCAGAGGAAGAAACGCAACAACUCAAUUGUGAUGGUGUCUUUACACCCAUCUCAUCUACACACGAUUCUCCUCUUGACCAGAUUCAUUUCGAGAGCAAGCCGCCCAAAUAUCGGAAGCGAGAUACAGUGGUUACUGAGUCCUCAUCGACACAUCGAUCUAGCGUCCAUCGUUCGUCAAAGCCAUCCGCGUCGAUCGGCAGACGGAUGGUUCAGGAGCUUCCAUACCGUUCACCUUCUGCCAUGCGUAAGCCUGGGUGUCAACGGGAGGACCUGCUAAAGGCCCAAAUGACAGAAGAUCAUAGAGUCAACACAAUAGACGACUCACAAUCAGCACCGGUAAUGGCACAGUCUCUGCCCACCAAAGACUGCGAGCAAGAGCACAAGGUUCAGUCGCCGGCUAUGGAUAUGAUGCAUAUGAUGCCAUACAUUCGAACAUGCCAUCAGCCGCUGGGUAUGCAGCAAUGGAUGGGGAUGAUGCCAAAUAUGGGACCCGAACCUCCUGACCGCGUGUUUGGUUUUCAUCCACAUGUGAUGGCAGGUGCUCCUGAAUCAGCACUCGCAUAUUUCGGGCAGGCUGCGCAGGAGAUGGACAGCAGACUCGCCGGUGGCGGCAUUCUUUUGACGGACACGUUGCAGUACCAUGAAUUUCACGACAAUCCACAAGAUUCGUUGUCAAUGAGUGUCACAGGGAUGUAUCAGCAAGGCGUGGCGCAGCCUCUUGAUAUGACCUCCACGAACUUCUAUGCGCAUCAGCCUUGA